AUGGAGGGUUUAGAUUCAGUUUUUCUGUCUGAUCGAACCACACACCAUCCGGUUCGAUCUGUGAGUCUUCCUUCAAGAAUCCAUCCACUCUCUUUUAAACUCAGAGCAGCCUUGAACCGGCUCAGUAUCUGGAAGAGAUCUUCUUCCUCAAACUCAGUUUCAGCUUCUUUCGGGUCCGAGACGCUUCUCGUUGGACUCGUGAACCUCACAGAGCUCUACGGUUGCGUCCACGAGCUACUUGAGUCCCCUUACGUGAGACACACUCUUCGUCACCACAAAAACGGGAAACUUCUAGACGAUUCUUUAAAUGGAUCCGUUGUGUUGCUGGACGUGUGUGAGGCAGCAAGAGAGGUGAUUGUCACGAUGAGAGAGCACAUGAUGGAUCUCAAAUCAGCUAUACGUAGGAAAGGUAGCGUAGAGAAGGAGGUUAGGGCAUAUGUUAACGUGAGGAAGAAGGCAAAGAAAGAAAUCUCCAAACACAUCAUUGGUCUCAAGAAAAUGGAAGCUAGAGAUAUUUCCACAAACAUAGACCAAGAUCCAGCGGUAGCAUCCACGAGUGUUCUCAGAGAGACAAUAGAAAUCUCUGUCUCGAUUCUUAGGCAUCUUUUGUUGUUCCUAUCGACAACACCACCACCACCACAAUCUCCAGCAAGGAAGAUCAAGAACAUCAUUGGGCUUUUUCCGAUUCCUUUGGCAUCGUCUUCACUAGCAGAUAAGUAUCUGGAUCUGAUCAAAGAAGCGAAAAGUCUUGACGAUGUAUUUUUGGGUUCUAUUGGGGAUUCGAGAAGAACCUUCAGUGAAGUUGAGAAGAAGGAGAGGAGAGAUAUUGUUGAAGAGAGCUUUGGUCAUCUAGAGGCAGAACUGGACUCUGUUUUCAAGUGCUUAGUUAAGAACAGAGUACUGUUCCUUAAUAUCCUGAGUAGCUGUUGA